AUGGGAAAAAAAUAGGUAAAUGGAAGAUUUGGUUUAGAUAUUAUGUUUAAAAGUUGGAAGAAUAAUUUGAUUGGUGGAGGAUCAUAUGACGAUAAUGUAGAAGGAGAUUCUGUUAAGACAGGAUAAUGGAUUGAAAUAAGUGAGGGGUUUCGGCGGAUUUCUUAAACUAAAUACUCUGGUGAUUACAAAAAUGGUAGAAAAGUUGGUAAAUGGAAUAUUGAUUUUAUAACAAAAGAUAUAUAUUCUAAUUUUAAUGGUGGUGGAUUUUAUGAUAAAGAAGACUCCUUUAAAACUGGAAAAUGGGUUGAGUUGAGUGAUCGAUUUUAUAAUUAUUCAUAAGUUACGUAUGAUGGCGAGUAUAAAAAUUGUAAAAAAAUUGGAAGAUGGAUUAUUAAAUUUGAGGAUGAAGAAAUUGGUGGUGGAUAUUAUGAUAACCAAGAUUCUUUUAAGACUGGAGAAUGGAUUGAAUUGAGUGAUAGAUUUGAUUUUUAUUCCUAAGUUACUUAUAAGGGUAAGUAUCACAAAGGUAAGAAAAUUGGUAAAUGGGAUAUUUUAUGGAAUUUUAAGGGGGUGAAUUAUGAACUGGGGGGUGGAUAAUAUGAUCAUUAAACAGAUGGUUUAAGUUCUAUAAAGAUUGGAUUUUGGAUUGAGUAGAGUGAUUAGUUUGAUAAAUGGUAAUCAAUCUUGAAUGAAGGCCAUUAUGAAAAUGGUAAGAAAAUUGGUAGAUGGGUGGAAGUGAAAUUCUAAAAAAUUAAAAAAGAAGUUGAAUUUGAUUAUGUAAACUGA